AUGGAUGACAAUCAAGUUGAUCCAAUUUCGACUGGUUCUACAUCCACUGCUAGGAUGGAUUUUACCAGUCCCUUCUAUCUGCAUCCUUCCGAGAAUGCAGGUUCAUCUCUAUUGCCUGGAGUUUUUGAUGGCACUGGUUAUAGAUCAUGGAGGAGAGCUGUUCUUAGAGCCUUGUCUGUUAAGAGUAAAACAGGUUUUAUCAAUGGCAAAGUAGUAAAGCCAAAUCUAGAUGAUCCUAGUUUCCAACAGUGGGAAAGGUGUGAUGACAUGGUAACCUCUUGGAUUCUGAACUCCUUAUCACCUGAUCUAAGAGAUAGUCUGCAGUAUGUUAACAAUGCCCAUGAAUUAUGGGCUGAAUUGGAGGAAAGAUAUGACCAGACCAAUGGUUGUAAAUUGUAUCAGUUUCAGAAAGAAAUCAAUGAUCUUGUUCAAGGCACUUUGGAUGUCACUGGGUAUUACACGAAGAUGAAAAAGCUCUGGGAAGAAAUGAGCACAGUUGAUAUGAGCUCUCAGUGCAAUUGUGUGUGCACUUGUGGGGGUAAAGUCAAAUUGAUCAAGGCUGAGCAAGAUAGAAGACUCAUACACUUCCUAAUGGGGCUAAAUGAGAUGUAUACUGCCAUUAGAGGCAACAUUCUCAUGAUGAACCCUCUACCUAGCAUGGCUCAAGCUUUUGCCAUAUUGUCCCAAGAAGAAAAACAGAGAGAAGUGAAGCCUCACAACCACACUGCUUUAGAUUCCACUUCCCUAAAUGUUUUUGCUUCAACUCACAACAAUGCAGGAGUGAAAGGUCUCAGAACCAACUAUAGUUCCUCUAAGGGACAUACAGGCAACACUGGAAACCUGAAUAACACCAACAUGAUUAGAGGGAACUCUAGUACCAGCAGGUCUACUUUGUUUUGUGAUUUCUGCAGGAGAUCAGGUCACACUAGGGAAAGAUGUUAUAAGCUUCAUGGAUAUCCACCCAACUCCAAAUUUUCUAAAGGCAAAGGUUCAAAUUCUGCAAUGGCAAAUGUGUGCAGCAAUGAGAUUGAUGGAAUCCACUAUGAGGACAAUCCUGAGUUAAGGAAGCAAAUGCCAUUUAAUCUGUCCAAAGACCAGUAUGAACAACUAUUGAACCUUUUGGGAUCUUUACAAGCUGGACAUGAAGCUUCCAACUCAGACAAUAUGCUAAGUGGAGCUGUGAACUUGGCAGGUAUACUUGCUUGUUAUUCUUCCAUUACUGAGAUAGGUGACCUUUCUUAUAGAUGUACUAGAUUAACUGCUGGUUCUUGGAUCAUAGACUCAGGGGCAUCACAUCACAUGACAUAUAACAAAGCCAUUCUGACAAAUAUUAGAACCCUACCAUAUCCAUUUCUCAUCUCCUUACCUAAUGGUUACAAAGUUAAAGUGACUGAAAUUGGUGAUGGCCCUUCUCUGAAGAGCCCUCUGGAACUUGGUAGAGCACAAAAUGGCCUCUAUUUCUUGUGUACAAAAUGCCACAACUGUGUUUCUUCUCCUGAUGGCACCAAGGACCCUCAUGUCAUUUCAAGUCAUUUUACUCGUUUACCUAAAUGUACUAGUAGUCCAGUUCCAAACAUUCAUUACUCUACUGUAAAAGGUUUUUCUCCUAUCAAUAAAGAGGGUUGUUCUGUUUUUAAUUCUUCUUCCUACUCUACUGCAAAUUGUUCUUCUUUUGCUGUUAAUUCUGAUAGCACUUAUACUAAUGAUCUCUUGUGGCAUACUAGACUAGGCCAUGUACCUUUUGUGAAAAUGAAGGGCAUCUCCACUAUCCCUUGUCAUUUCUCUACCAAAUAA